AUGAUUCUGGCAACAUGUCUGUUCAUGGCUGGAUCAUUUUGGUACAAGAAACCCCCGCCAAAGGAAAACAUCUUUGCGGAGGUCUCACGGGUUAUGGCACGAGCGAUUGCCAACAAAUUUCAUUCAAAAACCAAAAAAGAGCACUGGUUGGACAACUACAUGGACACACAUGUUUGCGAAAGUGAUCCGAAAGCAGCAAAAAUAUUAGCAUUCGAAAAAUGGCGGUUUCAGAAGUCUUUCAUCGAUGACAUUAAAUCACUUCUGCGAGUACUUAUCAUGUUCUUGCCCGUGCCGAUGUUCUGGGCGCUCUACGACCAGCAAGGCUCGAUCUGGCUAAUUCAGGCUUCCGCUAAAAGAGCUACCUUUGAGGUAUUCAAAUGGACUGCCGCCUCUCUUCAAAUGUACUUCUACUUCCUGAUCAAGUACAGACACUGA